UAACCAACCUUAUUAUCAGAUUCUUAUGAAAAUAUGAAGACUUACCAUUAUUAAAUAACGGACUGGACACAAGGAGGUUAUCAAAACUUAUAAGGAACGAGUGCCACAUAUUCUUAAAGACUACUUGAACGAGUCUUGAGGUUGAUCCACAGCGUAGGUACAGAAACAUGAAGAUUCUUAUUGUCAUUUCAUCUGUUAUUCUUUUGGCGUCAGCCAAGUUGAAUCCUGACCUCUUGAAAAAGACACAUGAUCUAUCUAAUGAUGCAAAACAACUUCAUUCUUUCGUCACUGAAAUGAUAUUGGAUAACAUUGAGGAAGGAAAAAGCAUUUUCCAUGCAGAACUUGCAAGCCUAAAGGAAGAGUUGGAAAAAUUGACCGAAAAAAUUACAGUACCAGAAGAGGUGUCCUUCUUUUCUAAAGAAGAAGGAAAAGAGAGAAAAGAAUUUCUGGAGAAGGUAAAAGAAAAAAUGACGGCGACAAGCCUUGAAGUUGUACGAGCAGUUUUCGAAGCCGCACGACAUUGUCGUGGCGACGAUGAUGUUGUGAUAGGAAGAAUUCUCGGCAAAAAGUCGGAAAAACGUGACAACGAAGAAGCUACUAGUUGUCUGCAAGGAAACCCUGAGAGAGAAAAUAUUGCAAGCAUGCUGUUGGAUCUUGACACGCUUGUCCAAAAUGGUUUCCUCAAGAUUGCGCAAGGUUUCAUUAAAGCUUACCAAGAGAUUAUGGCAAACCACUUGGAAGACUUGAUCCCUCGAAGUAUUGAUUCAGACGUAAAACUUCUUCAAGAGGCAUCUGGCGAGAGACUUGAUUCUGUAUUGGAUCGCAUCGAUUUAACACUUGAGCAAAUGGUAAAAGCUGCAAAAUAUUUUGAUGAGCACAAGAAAAUGAUGUUUGUCGAGGUGAAAAAAACUCAAGCUGCAAUGAAAUCUGUUGAUAAGGAUGGCCAACAGAAAGUUUCAAGUGCCAUCAGAGAUGUUUACUCAGAUGCAAGAGAUGCUUUUAAAACUAUUCGCGAGGCUCUCCGUAAAAAAGAGUAGUGCAAAGAAAGAGAAAUAAUGAUUAAAAAUAA